AAGUCGCCUUCUUUUAUUCUAAUGUCGGCCAGCCAGAGAUCAUCCCUCCCGCAGAAACUCGCCCUGUUGGAUUCCCGACUAAGGGACUUCGAUACUGGCGAUGGUGGUAUCCGCUCGGUUGUGUGGGGAUACCUCUCCAGAGCCCACUUUGAUAGCGUGAAGGUUCUCGACCAUAAUGAGGGUCAUCUUAAUCACCGCAACAGCAUCGCCAACAGCCAACAAUUUCAAUUCGUUCUUAAAAAGAUGAAGGAGGACCGUCCCCUGGUGAGACGUAGAGCCUCCUUACCAUGGCACCGAGCUAUGGUCAAUGAAGUUGAGAAUACACAUCAAGUGUAUGUUGUUAGCACUCUGGUACACUUUGAAUCGGAGGCUCUUCUCAUGGGCACGGUUACGGGCGAGCUCUUUUGCGCGCCACCUCCGCCUACGCCGACUUGGCCGAGCAAUCGAGCUACGGGCAAUGUCGAACGGACUCCAAUACUCCUUGCUCGCGGGUUGGGUUGCUGUGAUGAACUGUAUGAUGUCUCUAAUGAUGGUACUAUCCGUGCCUUUAGUCGAGCUAGGGGGUGGUGUCGUGACUUGCUGCCAGUGCAAUGAAGAGAUAUGAGUAGAAGUAGUAUUAUCAUUGUUAUUAGAUUUUUUGACGUAUAUACUGCUCAAACUGGGGUAGGAUUAUGAUCUGUAUAUAUCAGAGUUUAGGACUGCUUCAGUAGCAUCACCAGACUCGACUGUUUCCCUGUC